UACACAUGUUCAGCUCUUCUUCCUAAAAAAUUAAUUUCACCACUAUAAUUGUGCAAUGUGUGUUGUAUUCGUGAUUUUUUUUUCAUCAAAAAUUGACUGGAACAAAAUGUUUAAAGAAGUGUUCUAUAAUGAAUGAUAGGUAAUUACUUGAAAAAGUCAUUCGUUUUUGAAAAUUGAUCGCAAUAAUUGUUCCUAAAGUACAAUUCAUUUUCAAAUAGUCAACUUUCUUCAUUGAGUGUUCGGAAAUUUGAAAAAUCAAUAUGUCAUCUGAAGAAUCAUUUUGUGGAGCCACAUUACAGAAUGUUCGAACUUAUUUUUUUAACCUGCAAGGUACAUGUAAUAUCGACAUACCAAUAUGCAUUAUCAGUGUGAUCAUUAACAUGUUCAACAUCCUGGUGUUCACACGGAGGAAUAUGACAUCACCUGUGAACUUAAUCUUCACUCAUUUGGCGUUUGCAAAUUUAUCAGAGCUGUUAGCAAGUGCAUCCUUAACAUGGAUAGACUGCGCAUAUUAUCGAACGAUGAUGACUCUCGAAGGAUGGACUUAUACGCAAGCAUUUUUUGCAUUGCGAAGCAUAGAAUUGGCUAGUAUUUUUAACAACAUAGGAGUAUAUAUUAUACUGAUGCUAGCAAUAUGGAAGUAUAUAGUUGUAUUUCAUCCAUCGAAGGAAUCUCAAUGGUGUAAUAUGAAAACUACACGCAAUUCGCUGGUAGUUGGUUACAUCAUAUGCAUUUUGUUUGAAAUACCGGGGUAUUUGUCACAUUAUAUUGAAAUAGUACAUCCGGAAGAAAAGAUUUACAUAUACAGAGUUGAAACCGUUUCCAUUAUGUACUCCGUAUCACAAAUGGUGUUGUAUGAAUUAUUGCCAUCACUUGUGUUACCAGUAUUAGGUGUUAGAUUGAUUGCCUCACUAUGGUCUGAAAAAAACCACUCAACUCCUUCUUCAAACGUUGAAAAUCGCACAGACAGUGUCAAAAUGAACCAAAAAACCAAUCGAUCGAUAAUCAUAUCGAUGAUAAUUGUGGCACAAUGUUUAAGUUUCGUGAUUCCAGCAGGAUUACUCGACCUAGCACGACAUACAGUUCUUGCAAACGAUUAUUAUUCAAUUCAUCACGAAUGUUUUGCUAGCUUCCAAGUAAUACUCAAUCUCUUAGAAAUCGUUAAUAAAUCAAUUAAGUUUAUUGUGUAUUACGCGAUGGAUCAAGAUUUUAGAGUCACAUUCAAAUCUUUGUUCAACAAAAACCAUGCUUCUGUAUGGAAACUAAAGUACGUUCCUUUGAGCAGUACGAGAGGGAAUGAUGAAAGCUUAGAAAUAGGUCGAUUUUAACAAAGGUAGAUAGAUAAUUUUAGAAAUGCAACUUUCCUGCAGAUCAGAUCAGAUGUGUUCAUUCCUAAUAGGAUCAAAUGAGAGACCUGAUUGGAUCUGACUGGAUUUGAAUAGAUCUGAUCUGGAUUAGACCAGAUCAGAUCUGAUCAGAUGCAAUCAUCUUCUCCUGGGAAGAUUUUUAAAAACGUCAAAAAUAUUUUUCAUUCAAAUGCAAGGGUUUUGGUGCCAGUCGAGUGUAAAAUAGCUUCCCAUAGGUAACCUCGUAGGUAUUGUGUAGAUUAAGCAAGGUUCAUGUUUCAUGUAUGUAUUACCUAUAUAUACGUAUAUGUCAAAAAUUUAUACAUUUAUCAUUGAUAAAAUUCGAAUUAAAAAAUGUACAAAUGAA